GGCUGUGGCCGCCGAGGGUGGGGACACUCUGGCCCGGCUCUCGGUGGUGCGGGCGCGGGAGGGAGCAGCGGCCGCUCUGGUCGGCGGACGUGCUGCCGAGCAGUCCCGGAAGCGAAGCAGCGAUGGCGGAGAGUCCGACUGAGGAGGCGGCGACGGCGACGGCGGGCGCCGGGGCGGCAGGCCCCGGGGCGAGCGGCGUCGCCGGUGUCGUCGGCGUUAGCGGCGGCGGCGGCGGGUUCGGGCCGCCUUUCCUGCCGGAUGUGUGGGCGGCGGCGGCGGCGGCGGGCGGGGCCGGGGGACCCGGGAGCGGCCUGGCUCCGCUGCCCGGGCUCCCGCCCUCGGCCGCUGCCCACGGGGCCGCGCUGCUCAGCCACUGGGACCCCACGCUCAGCUCCGAUUGGGACAGCGAGCGAACCGCGCCGCAGUGUCUGCUCCGGAUCAAGCGGGAUAUCAUGUCCAUUUAUAAGGAGCCGCCUCCGGGAAUGUUCGUUGUACCUGAUACUGUCGACAUGACUAAGAUUCAUGCAUUGAUCACAGGCCCAUUUGACACUCCUUAUGAAGGGGGUUUCUUCCUGUUCGUGUUUCGGUGUCCGCCCGACUAUCCCAUCCACCCUCCUCGGGUCAAACUGAUGACAACGGGCAAUAACACAGUGAGGUUUAACCCCAACUUCUACCGCAAUGGGAAAGUCUGCUUGAGUAUUCUAGGUACAUGGACUGGCCCUGCCUGGAGCCCAGCCCAGAGCAUCUCUUCUGUACUUAUCUCCAUCCAGUCCCUGAUGACUGAGAACCCCUAUCACAAUGAGCCUGGCUUUGAGCAGGAGAGACAUCCAGGAGACAGCAAAAAUUACAAUGAGUGUAUUCGGCAUGAGACCAUCAGAGUGGCAGUCUGUGACAUGAUGGAAGGAAGGUGUCCCUGCCCUGAACCCUUACGAGGAGUGAUGGAGAAGUCCUUCCUGGAGUAUUAUGACUUCUAUGAGGUGGCCUGCAAAGAUCGCCUGCAUCUUCAAGGCCAGACUAUGCAGGACCCUUUUGGAGAGAAGCGGGGCCACUUUGACUACCAGUCCCUCUUGAUACGCCUGGGACUGAUCCGUCAGAAAGUGCUGGAGAGGCUCCAUAAUGAAAACGCCGAAAUGGACUCUGACAGCAGCUCGUCUGGGACAGAGACAGACCUGCAUGGGAGCUUGAGGGUUUAGAUCCUACUCCCUCUCCCUUCCCCCGCUCGAGAGUCCCAGCAAGUUCUUCCCCCACCCCAGGGACGGAGAGGCACUGUAUCUCCCUCCAGCGUGACGUCAUCCUGCAAGAUGGCAAGAGCCAAGCAAGCUUGGAUCUCCCAGGGUGUGGGAGUGGGGAGGCUGUUCCUGAUCUGACUUCCCUGGCUCUCGAGCAUCUGGGCUGUGUUCAUCCCAUAUCAGGGGCCAAGGGACCUAUGCAGGAGCACCUAGGGCGAGGGCCUCUGGCAAAAACAAAACAACCGACACACCUCUCCGAAGGGCCAGCUCCUUAGGGAUAGUGGGGAGGCAGAAAUUGCAAUUCCAAGAGGUAGUGUGCCCAAACGAUUAUGGGAUAUUUGGAAGGGAGCUUGGGGUGGGGGGCUGUAUGUGAUACUUAAGCAGUCUGGGUGGUUGGUUGUCUGUCUGUCUUCAGUUUGAAGCAGGGCUUCCCCAUGCCCUUUUCCUCCUUGCCUCUUUCCCCCCAUUAUUUUCCGUGGGCCAGCAUAGUUCUGUUUUCCCUAAUUUAUAGUCACUGUUCUAGACAGACCAAAGAGAAGGAACAGUGGUGGAAUCUAGGCUGCUGAUCAGUGAGUUUUACUUAGCACCUGAGCACCUUUCUCUCCUCCCAUCCCCUCUCCCAUUUCUAGAUGUAAGACAGAAGGUAAAUGUGAUGGGACUGAACCAAAGUUUUGGUAAAGCCUGCACAGGUACCAUAGGAAACUGAAAGGACUAUUUAUUCCCAAAAAUCAUUGAUUCAAAAAGUUCCCAAUUCAGGCAGCUGCUGGAUGUAUGAUAGAGCCACUAUAUAGAGUAGUCUCACAGAUUUUCAGUACUAGUCACAAUGAGGGUGUUUCUCCUGGAGGGGAUGAGGGGGAGGCUGAUGCUGAUCCUGUUGUAUUUUGUUUGGCUGUCCUUGUGUGCUCCCAACCCAGCCCAUAGUCCCCCUUCCUCACGUCCAGGCCCAGGGACUAGUGGGGAGUAAGGGUAGCCAAUGGCAGAGAUUGGGGGUGGACUCUGGAAACUCCUGCCCUUCUCUCCCUUUGUCCCUUCCUCCCAGCUGCUGUUUGUCACUGGCUCUGAUGGGUGUUUGCCUGGCUGUGUGCUUAUCUGUAUUUAGCUGCAGUGAUCCUUUAGCUGGUUGGCUCAGAAAAAUGUGCUUUAGGUGCCCUGAUACUGGGCAUCGAAGGAGUCCAUAUUUCCCAUUUUUGAGGAGUUAUCCUCAUGCUUUCCAGAUUCUUACUGUUAUGGCUCCCAGUGGGUUAUUGGUGACCCGCCUGACACGGCCCCAAUCAGUAUCCAGCCACAUGUAAGAGAGGAUAUUGUAUCUGCUCUUCCAGCUGCUAUGGAGGCCUCUGCCUUGUGAAUCGGGACUGCCCCAAGUGAGUUGGGAAGGGGGUUGGGCACAAAGGAGAAUGUCCUACUUGGGAGGACAAGAAGCAAAGAAACUGGACAGGAAGUGGGUUUGGAGAACAGAAGUUUAUCUUUGAUAUCUAAAGGGUAGUCUUUCUGUAAGGAGACUCAAAAGGCACCCUGCUUCCAAUUUCCCUCUUCCAUUUCCAGAGCUGGUACAGGGCUUAGAGGAAUGCCCUUGGUCUGUCGGUCCAGUGUUGUCUGUCAUCCAUGUAAGUGUUCCCACUUUCAAGUGACAAUCUUCUCCUUGGCCCUGUCAUGGGCAGAGCAUGUCUGGCAUACUGGCCCGACUUUUACUCCCUAAUCUUGAGUUGAGGAAAUAUAUGCACAGGAGUCAAAGAGAUGUCUUUAUAUCUGACUGUACAUAAAUGAAGUUUUUUUUUUCUUUUUGGUGCAAUAAAGUGUUUGGCAGAAGGAGGAAGCGCCUAUGGGUGUGGGAGGGCUUGUGUCAAGGAAGGAUGGGAUAUGGACCACCACACAUCUCACCUAGGUCAGGAAGGAAGUGUUCAGCGAAUUGUCUGGAAGCUAAAACAAGUUACUUGGUGUGGAUGGGAGCAGGACUGCUGGUCAAACUUCCAUCAACCAGAAAUAGGGUCUUUUUUCAAGGCUGUAGCUCUGGCAGUAAAGGAGAGGAAGCCAUUGGAAUCUGUUGCUUCCAGAUAUACCUGCUCAGAAACUGGGAGGUGAGCGUGUCCUACAGGAACAGAGCGCUGUAAAGAUGGACUUGGGCUGUGUCCCCUCCUAAGGGAAGGGGCUCGUAGUGUGGAUAAUCCAUCGGGUGGUUUUCUGUGCUAAGCCAACCUUAGGAGUUUAGCAUUCAGACUGAAAACAACUGACUGGCCUUGCUCAUCGCCACCCCUGCUUUUCUGGUGCAGAGGCUUUUCCUGUUCAGACCAUUUGUGGGGGAUGUCCUGCAGUGAGGGCCCAGGUUAGUGGGCCCGACUCUACUUUUAGCUUUGCUUCUUAAACUGGUGGUCCCUGGCAAAUGACAUUUCUUACCUGCAAAGUUAAGGAUACCUAUUUUUUUUGGAAGGUGGUAGUGAGGUGUAUAUAGAAAUGGUCACAGGGUAGGGAUUCAGUAAAUUACUUCCUUUCCCACAACUAAGGCUGUAAGAACCUAGUGAUCAGUCCCGGAGGAAAAGCUAGUAGGGAAUUUGAGAAACAUUACAUUCACUAUUAGUCAGUUCCCCUUAAGUCCCAUUGUUUUCUUCCCUAUAACCACCAUUUAACAUUAACCUCUCUUUCCUUCACACUCAUUAAGAGGAUGCUGGAAGAGUGAAUAAUUUACUAGUACGUUAGGAUCUCAUUUGAGAUUAAAAAACAAAAAAAAACACACAAAAACAUUUUAUAAGGAGUAAGUUUGAACUAACAGAGGCUGUAAUUCAUGUCUCAGGGCUACAGAGACUAGACUGUCUAAGCCGGGAGACGGAUGGCCUUCAUUCUAGGCCCAGCUCUACAUGGACUUGUCAGUGACCUGUGCAAGUCAUCUUACGUGCUCGCUGUUCUGUUACUCAGGUUAUCCUUCCUGGAUAAAUGAGGUUUUCUCCAAUAAAGAUGCAAUGUGAAGGCACUUUAAAAAAUAAAAUAAUGAGUGAAGAAUAUUGGGGGAAGAAAAAAAAAAAAACUUGGAACAUA